AUGAAAUUCUCCAAGAUCCUCGCCGUCAUCGUCCUACCAGCGUCCAUAGUCCACGCUGCCGCCGUGGCUGUAGACCAGGAAAGCACCGGCCUCGAAGCGCGAGGCUGCAAAUGGAAAAAUUGCGACGACUGCUAUGAGAACGACAAGUACUGUGUUUUCUGCAACAACGGCGGCGGUAUUGGCGUCUCUUGCAUUGUUUGGUUACAAGAUAAACUUGUCAUGCUUGCACUUCUAAUCGGCAUGUUCCAGUACUCCCAAGCCGCUCUCACCCCGCAAACUCAUGCAGGGCCCCCCGAGAGCGGGGGCAGCAUCCCCGCGGGUCCGCCACGAUCUAGGCGGGGUCGGUGA